UCUGAUGCAAUGGGUCUAAUGAGUCAAUGGAGACACUGAAUAGAUAAAAUGUAUAUAAAUAAAGGUAAAAGUGAAUGUUAAAUUAACUUGUUAAUGUUUUACCAUAGGUGAUGCUUUUAUCAUAAAAUGCACGAGUUUAACUGCCCCACUUAUAGGCCAAAAUGAAUUACAUUUCCCGUGUAUCGAAACACGUGCAGGUUUAAGUGCAUUAACCAACAUGUAAAUAACAGAAAUUCAAUCUGGAUCGUAACAUAUCGAUGCAGUCAUUUUAAAAUCCAUUGAGAAGGGUAACAACUGUCAGCAGACAGAAGAUGGCAGCAAACUGCAAAAUAACUAACCGGCUAAGCAGCAAACAGCCUCACUUUUUUUUCGUCUGCAUUUUUCCUUGCUGAUUUUUAAACUGAUGUGAAAUCAGCCUAAACUCCCUUUACGUUAUAGCAUUUGGUCAACGUAUUAGUCACUCUGACCUUCGAUCAGUUAUCAAGUAAACAUCCACUGACAUUACGCUUGAGACAAGAUUCAGGAAGCAAGUCAUGUGGAGAUCUUCACACUGGUUGCCGGGGUAUUGCAUCUGCAGCAAUAUAUCACCGCCUGUGGGGGUACUGGAGGAGAAGGUAUCUCGCUAACCGGAUGAACCCAUUCUUCAAUAGCAUCACACGUUACCAGUCCAAUGCAGACAAGAAGCGGUUGUGUCGCACAUUUUACACCUACCUGACAGACUGGACAUGCGAUACUUGUCAGUACGUGUCUCCAGCGGAACGCGAGCUAAACGUGCAGGGGAUACAUGGUGUAAUUGACAUACUUCGCUGAAACAUAAGCAUAUCGCCGCGGGAACCGAAGAAGAAUCUACAUUUGUUGUGUUGCCAAGAAACGUUUUUCAUGGGAUAUUCAAUGACAUUAUAUUUUAGCUCAAGGAAGCUAGCUCCGGCGUUGGAGGAGACAACUGUGGUGAUAGGACAGAACAGUGAUACUAGUUCUGUUUAAAUUGUCACAGCUAACGUUAGCUAAGCUAACGAAAUUUUACUCGACGGGGACCCGGUAGGUCGGAUUCGUGGUGUAAACUGGCUCAGCAACUAUUCGCAAUUGUUUCAUUUCUUGAAAGCUUUGAUGGUCACUGAAAUUAACUUAGCUGUUUUAAACGGAACAUUACGGUGAUGACGUCACUUAGUACGUGAAGUCGGUGUCGAACAUCUUUGUUUUCAUUGAAAGUCCACAGUUUUUGAUUAUUUGUAUGCCUUUGCAUACGUUGAUACUAACUUUUCAGUCUGGGCACUGAUAGCUAGCCUCUCGCGCGAAGUGCUAGCCAACAUGAACUUAGCAUCAAGACUCCACCGAAUGACAAGCCUCAUCAUGUAGUUUCAAACGUAACCAACAAGCCAGUGCGACUGAAGUUGCUAGUUAGUUAGCUUGCUCUCACUGUUCGCGACAAAAAUCAACGCAGAAACACUUUGUUGUGUGGGCUUUUAUUUUGUGAGAAAAUACCACUACCUUAUCUUGAUGGAGUGUUCCAGAAACGUAAUGAAUUUCUGCAAACCACAACGUUGACCAAUGUGUUGGACAGAUAAAAGGCUAACCUGCUAAACCCACAAGCGGGGAAUCGCACAAGUUUCAAUGAAUGACUCCGUCUACUAGCUCUUGAUUGAAUCCAGGUACUACCUACACCAUGAAGAGGACCGAGAAGAGAAAGUUGAGCAGUUCGGAUCCACCGGAAAGUGGGCCUGAGGAGAAAGACGCGAAGGAGUUUGCGGCGCCCCCUCCUCUGCUCUUCAGGAAGCUGAGCAACCCUGACUUGUCCCCUGCGGCAGGAAAGACCAAACUGCAGCGGCAGCUCAGCCAGGAUGAGAGCCGAGUGCGGAGAAGCAGUAUGGUUGUCGGUCUCACAGGGAAGCAGCUCCUGCCUCUGUCGAGUAGCAUGCACAGUGGAGUGAGCCACAUGGCAUGGCAACAACCUGGAGGAGAGCCCAAUAACCUGGUGCGCAUGCGGAACCAGUCUCUUGGCCAGUCCGCUCCCUCCCUUACCGCAGGACUGAAGGAGCUGAGCCUGCCCAGAAGAGGGAGUUUCUGUCGCACGAGCAACCGGAAGAGUCUGAUUGUGACUUCCAGUACCUCACCCACCCUACCCAGGCCCCAUUCACCACUGCAUGGCCAUCCAGGGAGCAGCCCCUUGGACAGCCCUCGGAAUUUCUCCCCCAACACCGCUGGCCACUUCUCCUUUGUCCCAUCGCGCAGAACGGAUGGCCGGCGCUGGUCUUUGGCUUCUUUACCCUCUUCAGGGUACGGGACUAACACACCCAGCUCCACAGUCUCUUCAUCAUGUUCAUCCCAGGAGAAGCUCCACCAGCUGCCCUUCCAGCCCACGCCCGACGAGCUGCACUUCCUCACCAAGCACUUCAGCUCCGAGAGCAUCACCGACGAGGAGGGACGCCGUUCGCCCGCCAUGCGCCCGCGCUCACGCAGCCUCAGCCCCGGUCGCUCCCCCAUCUCGUUUGACCAUGAAAUCGUCAUGAUGAACCAUGUCUACAAGGAGCGAUUCCCCAAGGCUACGGCUCAGAUGGAGGAGCGCCUGGCGGUGUUCAUGGCCUCCAACGCCCCCGAUAAGGUGAUGCACCUGGCGGACGGGGUCCUCAGCUUCAUCCACCACCAGCUCAUAGAGCUGUCCCGAGACUGCCUGGACAAGUCCCGCGAGGGGUUGAUCACCUCACGCUACUUCUACGAGCUUCAGGAGAAUCUGGAGAAACUGAUUCAGGAUGCUCAUGAGAGGUCUGAGAGUGAGGAGAUGGCGUUUGUCACGCGGCUGGUGAGGAAGCUGAUGAUCGUGAUCUCCCGGCCUGCCCGGCUACUGGAGUGUCUGGAGUUCGACCCAGAGGAGUUCUACCACCUCCUGGAGGCUGCCGAGGGCCAUGCCAAGGAGGGCCAGGGCGUCAAGUGCGACAUCCCCCGCUACAUCAUCAGCCAGCUGGGUCUCACCCGGGACCCCCUGGAGGAAAUGGCCCAGCUGAGCAGCUAUGACAGUGGCCAUCCUGACACCCCUGAGACCGAGGACUCCAUUGAUGGUCGAGGAGCCUCUGUCCAGUCAGCUCCAGUUCAGCAGAAAACCAAACCCCCUCGGGAGGACGACUUUGAAACCAUCAAGCUGAUCAGCAACGGUGCUUAUGGCGCCGUGUUCCUGGUGCGUCACCGCGAGACUCGCCAGCGCUUCGCCAUGAAGAAGAUCAACAAGCAGAACCUGAUCCUGAGGAACCAGAUCCAGCAGGCCUUCGUGGAGAGGGACAUCCUCACCUUCGCCGAGAACCCCUUCGUCGUCAGCAUGUUCUGCUCCUUCGAGACCAGACGACACCUCUGCAUGGUCAUGGAGUACGUGGAAGGUGGAGACUGUGCCACUCUCCUGAAGCAUAUCGGGGCGUUGCCCGUGGAUAUGGCACGCAUGUACUUCGCUGAGACCGUGCUGGCUUUGGAGUAUCUCCAUAACUACGGCAUUGUUCACCGAGACCUCAAACCAGACAAUCUGUUGAUCACCUCCCUGGGGCAUGUCAAACUCACUGACUUUGGACUGUCUAAGAUCGGCCUGAUGAGCCUCACUACCAACCUCUACGAGGGACACAUCGAGAAAGAUACUCGGGAAUUUCUUGACAAGCAGGUGUGUGGCACUCCAGAGUACAUUGCCCCUGAGGUGAUUCUCAGGCAGGGCUACGGCAAGCCAGUGGACUGGUGGGCCAUGGGGGUCAUUCUGUACGAGUUCCUGGUGGGCUGCGCCCCGUUCUUUGGUGACACGCCUGAAGAGUUGUUUGGACAGGUCAUCAGCGAUGAGAUAAUCUGGCCAGAAGAGGAGGAUGCUCUUCCUGCAGAUGCUCAGGAUCUCAUCUACAAACUCCUCCGACAGAACCCUCUGGAGAGACUUGGCACAGGGAGUGCAUAUGAAGUGAAGCACCAUCGCUUCUUCACCCAUCUGGACUGGAACGGCCUCCUGAGACAGAAGGCUGAAUUCAUCCCUCAGCUUGAGUCUGAGGAUGACACCAGCUACUUCGACACUCGGUCCGACCGCUACCACCACGUGGAGUCUGAGGAUGAGGAGGACACCAACGAUGAAGAACACCUGGAGAUCCGCCAGUUCUCCUCCUGCUCACCCCGCUUCAGCAAGGUCUACAGCAGUAUGGAGCGCCUGUCUCUGCACGAGGAGAAGAGGACGCCCCCUCCCACUAAGCGCAGCCUGAGUGAGGAGGGGGGCGAGCGCCUGGACAGCCUGGGGGGCCUCAAGACCAGAGACCGCAGCUGGAUGGUGGGAUCCCCAGAGAUCCUGCGUAAGCGUCUGUCUGUGUCCGAGUCCUCCCACACCGAGAGCGACUCCAGUCCUCCUCUGACCGUGCGUCGCCGCUGCUGCUCGGCCAUCAUUGAAAUGCCCCGCUUCGCCAUCUCCACCGAGGACGAGGGCGCCUCAGGGAGCUCCAGCAGCAGCUCGGGCGGGCGCAAGACCCCGGUGAGGGGCCCCCGCCCCGAGGAGCUGCCUGUGGAGAGGGCGCUGAAGCUGGACGAGUCGCCCACCACGCCGGGCUCCACCUCCAGCCAACAGAGCCGGGCCACACUCACACCGGGCAGCUCAGGUGACGUGUGUGAACGAGCGUCGCCCCGGCCCUCUGCGUCAGCUGCUGCUGACGUGUCUGAUAGCUCCACCCCUAAAGCCAUCAGUGACCUGGCCGCCCGGCGCGCCCGCCACAGACUGCUCUCCGGAGAGACGGACAAGCACACGCCCUCACGCCCUCUCAACAAGGUCAUCAAGUCCGCCUCCGCCACCACCCUCUCGCUCAUGAUUCCUGCAGACCACCAUGGUGCGUCCCCCCUGGCCAGUCCCAUGUCCCCCCACUCCCUCUCCUCCAACCCCUCGUCCCGUGACUCCUCUCCCAGCCGGGACCUCAGCCCAGCCAUCUGCAGCAUCAAACCUGCCAUCAUCAUCCACCGCGCCGGCAAGAAGUACGGCUUCACCCUCAGGGCCAUCCGCGUCUACAUGGGAGACACCGAUAUCUACACUGUUCACCACAUGGUGUGGAAUGUGGAGGUUGGAGGUCCGGCCCAUGAGACUGGUCUGCGGGAGGGAGAUCUCAUCACACACGUCAACGGAGAGCCAGUGCACGGUCUCGUGCACACUGAGGUGGUGGAGCUCAUUCUGAAGAGUGGCAGUAAGGUGUCCAUCUCAGCCACACCCUUUGAGAACACCUCCAUCAAAGUGGGGCCCGCCCGCAAGACCACUAUCAAGUCCAAAAUGGCCCGGAGGAACAAGAAGACCAAGAACAAGGAAGGCCAGGACAGUAAGAAGAGGAACUCCCUGUUCCGUAAGAUCACCAAGCAGGCGUCUCUGCUGCACACGAGCCGGAGUCUGUCCUCCCUGAACCGCUCCGUCUCCUCUGGAGAGAGUGGUGCCAGGAUCCCCCACACACAACCUCUCCCCCGCUCCCCCACACAGGGCUACCGCUCCACACCAGACUCUUCCCACUCAGUGGGAGGGACCUCAUCUCAGAGCAGCUCCCCCAGCUCCAGUGUGCCAAACUCCCCCGCCAGCUCAGGCCAGAUCCGGCCCAGCUCCCUGCAUGGCCUGGCCCCUAAGCUCCAGCGCCAGUACCGCUCGCCCCGCCGGAAGUCUGCCGGCAACAUCCCCCUGUCGCCUUUGGCCCGCACGCCCUCCCCCACCCCACAGAGCACCUCCCCCCAGCGCUCCCCGUCUCCGCUGUCCAGCCACCCUCACCUGGGCCCAGUCCUUGUCCUUCCCGUCAAGCUGCACUCCUCCCCGCCGCUCCUGCGCCACAUCGCCCGGCCCAAGAGCACCGACCCCCAGCGCUCGCCCCUGCUCAAGCGGGUCCAGUCUGCUGAAAAGCUAGCUUCUUCCUCCCUCUGCUCGUCCUCCUCCUCCUCCUCCUCGCCCUCCGCUCCUGCUCCCUCUGCCUCGUGCGGGGCGACCGGUGUGCGUAAGCACAGCCUGGACAUCGGCCACGUGGACUUCAAGAAGGAGCUCCUUCAACGGGAGCCCAGCCUGCAGAGCCUGCAGGAGUCGGCCGGGGAGGGCAGCGCUGUUAGGGGCCGCGCGGCUCCACCAGAGAAGGGCAGCCUGCAGAAGCACUCCGCCCGCAAGCUGGGCCGCCAGGAGGUGAGCGAGGGCGCCGGUGCCCUGGGCUUGGCACCGGGGAAGAGCAAGCUGAAGGACAAACUGUCAGCCAUCCGGCAGGACCGAGCGGAACGCCGGGAGUCGCUCCAGAAGCAGGACGCCAUCCACGAGGUGGACUCAUCCGAAGACGAGACCGACGAGGGGUCGGAGGACAGCCAGGAGGGGGGAGGCAGCAGACCUACGUCACCCCAGCACCUGCCUGCUGCGCCCCACUAG